ACCAAACAGAUGCUUCUAUUCCUCCAUCGGAUUAAGACCGACAGCAUGCUUUGCGUCAGCCUCCUCCUCGCCUUGACCACCAGUGCCUUCGCUGGACACGUUUCCGGUGGCUAUCGCCUCGGCUACGGUCUCGGCUACACCGGCCUCGGCCUCUCCCACUAUGGUCUCCAGCAUGGCGUCGGCUACUCUGGCCUGACUGGAUACGGCCUUGGCUACGCUUACGGUCCAGCUGCCAGCUACGCCGUCGCUGCCCCAGCUGUGGCCACCGUCCACGCCGCACCAGCUGUGGCCGCGUACGCUGUGCCAGCCGUCGCCAGGGUUGCCACCACCUACGCUGCCCCAGCCGUCACCAGGGUAGCCACGACUUACGCCGCCCCAGCUGUGACCAGGGUCGAGCACGCCGCUCCAGUCGUUGGCGCUGCACCAGCCGUCGCCUAUGCCGCUGCUCCAGCUGUCGCUAAGGUUGCCACAUAUAGUGCUCCUGCUGUGACCAGUGUUGUCCGCACUGCUCCUGUGGUCGCUGCGGCCCCAGCCAUUGCAACUUACGCGGCGCCAGCCGUCGCUGCUGUCCACCACACUCCAGCUGUUGCCGCCAUCACUCACGCUGCUCCACUUGUCAGCGCCUACCACGCAACCGCCCCGGUAUACGGCUAUGGCGUCAGCGGCAUCGGCUACGGCCUCGGUCACUACGGUUUCGGUCACGGUCUCCUAGGCUAUGGUCUCAACUACGGCUAUGGCCUCGGCUCCCCCUUCGAGUACGCCACUCUCCUGCGCAAAAAGAAGUCUCAAGCCUUCUGGAAGCUUGUGAACAGCGGAAACUCGAACUUACCAAGGGGAUCAUCAACCCAGUCUAUUACUCGCCAGCACUUCCAUGUGGAGAGCGAGAACUUGGCUUCUGAGCGUACAGCAGCAAAAACCACCUUUCGCUAUGACAUAUUGAGACUGCGUGCCUGCAUUGUCCUCGCCUUGGCCACAUGUGCCUUUGGUCAUCCAACUGGCACUUACACCGUCGCCAGUAACCUCGGUUACGGGCUUGGCUACGGCAACCUCGGCUAUGCCGGCCUCGGCUACGGAGGCCUUGGUCUCUCUCAUUAUGGCCUUUCCCAUGGAGUUGGCUACUCCGGCUUGACUGGCUACGGUGUUGGUUACGGAUACGGCUAUGCCCCAUCCGCCAGCUACGCUGUCGCUGCGCCAGCCGUUACCCGUACCGUCUCCACCUACCACGCCGCUCCAGCUGUGACCGCUGUCCACGCUGCUCCAGCCGUGACCGCUGUCCACGCUGCUCCAGCCGUGACCGCUGUCCACGCUGCUCCAGCUGUGACCGCUGUCCACGCCGCCCCAGCCGUGACCGCUGUUCACGCUGCUCCAGCUUUUGCUGCCGUCCACGCUGCCCCAGCUGUUGCCACCGUCGCUCACGCUGCCCCAGCUGUCGCCACCUACAGCGUUGCCCACGCGGCCCCAGCAGUCGCCACUUAUGGUGUUGCUCACGCUGCCCCAGCUUACUACGGCUAUGGCGUUGGCUCUCUCGGCUACGGUGUUGGCAGCUACGGUUACGGCCACGGUCUUCUCGGCUAUGGCCUGAACUACGGUUACGGUCUUGGCUCCCCCCUCAGCUACUCCACCCUCCUCCGCAAGAAGAAGUGCUCCCAAAUGCCGGAGCAAGGAGCCAUAGCCCAGGCCGUGCUCAAUGGCAAACGGGAAGUGAUCUACAGUGACGUCAGACCGGUCAUCAAUGCCUUCCAACGCGGAGCCCUCUCCGACCAGGCGUUAUGCAUCCUACGUAGCGCGGAUCCGAGCACCCUCAAGCACUACGGUGUCAUCUGGCUUCCUUCCCAUCUCGGUCGGGUGCCGGGCGCCCUGCCCGAUCUCAACGAGAUUGGGCCCACGAGUCAUGAGCCCACGAGUCAGCGUGCGUAUAAAAGCUCCCGUUUCCAGAGUCGAAAUCAGAAGCGCCUGCUCCUCAAUCGAAUUAGGACCACCGCCACCAUGCUGCGUGCCUGCAUUGUCCUCGCCUUGGCCACUUGUGCCUUUGGUCACCCAACCGGCACCUACACCCUCGCCAGUAACCUUGGCUACGGCACCGGCUACGGCGGCCUUGGCUAUUCCGGCCUCGGCUAUGGUGGCCUUGGUCUUUCCCAUUAUGGCCUUUCCCAUGGAGUCGGCUACUCCGGCUUGACUGGCUACGGUGUUGGUUACGGUUACGGCUAUGCCCCAUCCGCCAGCUACGCUGUCGCUGCGCCAGCCGUUACCCGUACCGUCUCCACCUACCACGCCGCUCCAGCUGUGACCGCUGUCCACGCUGCUCCAGCUGUGACCGCUGUCCACGCUGCUCCAGCUGUGGCUGCCGUCCACGCUGCCCCAGCCGUGACCGCUGUUCACGCUGCUCCAGCUUUUGCUGCCGUCCACGCUGCCCCAGCCGUGACCGCUGUUCACGCUGCUCCAGCUUUUGCUGCCGUCCACGCUGCCCCAGCUGUUGCCACCGUCGCCCACGCUGUCCCAGCCGUCGCCACUUAUGGUGUUGCUCACGCUGUUCCAGCUUACUACGGCUACGGCGUUGGCUCCCUCGGAUACGGUGUCGGCAGCUACGGUUAUGGCCAUGGUCUCCUCGGAUACGGCCUGAACUACGGUUACGGUCUUGGCUCUCCUCUCAGCUACUCCACCCUCCUCCGCAAGAAGAAGUAAAUUUACAUAGUCAUUACCCUCCGAUCACACGCAAUCCACAACGCAAUGGAGCAGCUUGCUUGGAGUUUUCAAUUAGGUUUACUGAUUGCCGCUUCCUAAUAAACUGUUCUGUCAAAAA